CGACACCGAACAGGAAGAAGAGUUCAGAUAUCCGUGAGGAGGUCUUUUCUUGAUGUUCCAUUAAUCGGGAGUUGUGAUGCAUUCUGCAAGGAGAUGAGUGUCUGGCCACUCGGACAUAGUCUUUUUCUUUGUCCUGAAAUUUCCAUGGAAUCCGACCGUCUUUAAAACUUGCAUGAAGCCCUUGGUCGUAAAUGGCCACCGCGACUGAUACAGAACAGAAAGCUACAACAUGGUGCAACUAUUUCUUUCUCUAUGAUACUUCAAAAGUUAAAGAAGAGGGAGAUCCAACGAGAGCUGGGAUCUAUUAUUUUUUCCCUUCACAGACUACUCCUGACCAACAGGAAUUGCUGUGUGGGCAGAUAGCCGGUGUGGUUUGCUGCAUUAGUGAAAUUUCUGGAUCACCACCCAGUUUAAUCCACUUGCGAAAGCUGAAGUUUGCUAUCCGUUUGGAUGGGGAAUACCUUUGGGCUCUUGGAUGUUCUGUAGAAGUCCCUGAUGUGAGCUGUAAAAGAUUUCUGGAUCAACUUGUUGGCAUCUUUACAUUUUACAAUGGACCUAGUCAGCAUGUAUACCAGGUACAGAAGCAAGAAGAACUCACUCAUCAGUGGGAUCUGUAUAUGGAGCACAUUCAGCAGAACAGCUGUGGCCUGCACCAGAUAUUCAACUCCUUGUCUAACCUGGACAGGACUGAAGUGGAACCCCUGCUGCUGCUGAAAGCUGCGCUCAUCUUACAGACUUGUCAGCGUUGCCCAGAGAUCCUGGCUGGUUGCAUCCUUUACAAAAACCUAAUUGUCAGCACUCAGCUACCACCUGCAGUAACAGCUAAAAUAUUAGCUUAUCAACCUGGUGUUAACAGUCAGAAUCUCCCUGAGAAUACCGAAGAUGCACCCUUACCCAAAGAUGUAACAGUCUUGACUGUAUUCGUUACUGAAGAGGAGUCUGCAGCUCUGCGGCAGUUCGCAGUUGAAUGGAUGCAUGGGUUAGCUGAGUCUCCGAAGCCGGAUUUGACUGACGAGAAUAUUCAGAAACAGCCUGUCUCCAGAGCACUGCCAACCAGUUCAAAUUCUGAGAUGAAUGGUGAGGCGGAGUGCAGAGAUACCACUGAGUUUGAGAACCCACAUCCAAAUUCUAAAGACCGUGAUAGACCAGCAGAUUCCAUGGAUCUUGCCCAGAACUACAAAGAAGAAUGCUCUAUACAACCUCGUUCAAUGGAGGUUGACUAUAAGUCUUCAGUGAGUGCAAACUCUCAUCCUGAGAACGAAAUCCCAUUGUCUUCCACUCCUGAAGCCUGUUCUCCUCCUAGCAACUCUUGCUUUUCACUACAAUUGGAGAGGGAACAGCCUAAUUCAAUUUCCAGGGAUCUGUAUGUGGAAUUGAAAGAAAGUGGAAAUAAUGAGAACACUGAAAGAGUGACUGGACCUGAGAGAAUUAGUGAUUCCUCAGACAUACAUUCUUCAAGUAGAUUGACUAUCUCUGACUCUUCAAAAGUGCAGCUUGCUUCUGAAUUUGAAAAUGAUGAGGUUCCUGAUCAGAAAGAGGCCAGUGUCACCCCUCCUUUAACCUCUAUUGCUAUUCAAACAGUUCCUUUGCAACAACACAGGAAUUUACUACAUGGUGAUGCUGUCUUGUCUCAAGGUACCUUGCUUAGAGACUUGUCUCACCCUUCACCACCCACAGAAUAUAGAGAAGAACAUGCGGAAAUUGAGCAGACUGUGAUAUUUAAGAAUGGACGCCUGGGUGAACCCAAUCACCAUGGAAAUUUGGUGAAACUCAAUCUAUACGUUCAUGCGGUGAAAGGAUUAGUAAUGUUUCUUUUGGCUGAAGAUGGAUUUAGAGCCAAUCGCAGUGCCAUUGAAGAUGUUUAUCACAGUGUCCUGGCAUCUUUAAAUGGCUUAGAGGUUCACCUGAGUGAGACGUUACUCAACCUGAGUUUCUGUAACUUACUUGGCUACAACUUUGCACAUUAUGACUGUAUUCAGCAUAUACUCUCAGCUCAGCUUUCCCCUGGUGAUCAGAAGGGUCAUUUCAUCAGAGCAACAGCUUUGAUGCACACUGAUUUGGACCACAACAGGAGCACUCGUGAAAUGAUUAUCCGGAAUGCCUCCACCGCUGUUUACAGCUGCCAGAACCCAGCCCAGGAAACGCACUUCCAGAUCCUUGCAACUCCCGCUCGCAACUCCGGCGUUCCAAACCCUCGUGACAGUGCCUUUGCUUUGCCAGGAAGAGCCAAGCAGAAACUACUAAAAUAUGGAGUAAACCUGCUCUGAGUCGCAGCAAUCUGAGAUUUGCCAGCAGUAUUGCAUAGACAAAUGUUAGCACUUUUUUUAAUUGAAAAGAACAAAUGGUUAAAAGUAUAACCUUUUUAAAGUCGCACACUCAACUUACAACCAUUAGACAAUACACUCAGGUAUCAUGGGCUGCUCCUUCCUCCAAUAUAUUUCCUUGGAUGUACUAAUAAUUGGUGAUUCUUAGGAAUUUUCAGCAGGGAUGAGUGUUGAAAGAAGUAAAGAAACGCAUUCACAGAGCUUGCCUUACUUGAGUCGGGGUUUUCUGACAUUGUGUAUAAGAAUUAAUGGUCCAGCCAAAAUCAUUAACCAGACUAUCUGUAUGUUGGAAAAUAUACAUGGCUUCUAAAAUGUAGAAAACUCCUAAAUAGACAUGGAACAUCCAGUCCACACACCUUGUCUUAUCAAUAGUUUUGAUUAAAUGUGGUAAAAUUGAACAAGUUUCUAUUUAAUCAAAUUUGUGGAAAUGUUGAUUCCUGCGACUUUUGAUCUACUCCAACUUCAGUCUGAUCAGUUGGAUUUAUGUAGUGCCUUUUAAUGUAGACAAAUAUCCUAUUGUGCAUCACAGGAGUGAUUUGAUACUAAGCUACAUGAGGAAACAUUAAGAUCUAAACAAAAGCUUGAUGGGUUUUAAGGAAAAUGUUUGGGUCAUGGGGGGGGGGGGGUUGGGGGAGUGCAGGGCAAAAUUUCAGAGCUUAGGGCUUGCUGUGAUAUCUCAACUUUCAACAUCCCUAUCCAUAUACAUAUUAGGAACUCCAGAUUAGAGGACGUUAGCUUAAAAUGAGGAGUAAGUAAAUGAGGGGGGAGCUCAGAAAAGGUCUUUUCACCCAGAUAGUGGUGGAAAUAUGGAAUAUGAUGCCUGAAGCAAUGGAGGCAGAUACACUUUCAAUAUUUAAGAAGCGUCUGGAUGAGGACUUAAAAUGCCAGGCCAUGGUAGACUAGGGACCUAGUGUAGGAAAAUGGGAUUAGUGUAGCUUGUGUUUGUUGGUCAGUAUAGAUAUGUUGGACUAAAGGGCCUGUUUCUAUGCUGUGUGGCUCUAUGACUUGGGAGUGGGAGUCAAGCCUUCUCUGCUGUUCAUUAAGAUCGGGGCUGAUUUGAUUAUGGUCUCAACUCCACUUUCUUGUCUGGCUGUCAGAGUCCUUGACUUCCUUAAAAAUCUACUGGACUUAAUUCAAUGACGCAGUCUUCACUACUUUCUGGGGAAGAGUAUUCCACAGAACCAACAAUCAUUUGAGAGAACGACAUCCUUGCAUCUGUCUUAAAAGGGAGAUCUCCUUUAAACAAUAUCCCCGGUACCAGUCUCUCCCAAUACUAUAUUGCAAUGCUAGUAGAAUAAUUUUAGUAGUUUUAUUGUUUCUUUUUCUCUGAAAUUCUGUGGGUGCUGACAAUCUUAUGAUGAUUAGUCCAAGUGUUCACUCAUCUUGUUGACUUUUCAAUGCUUAAGAACAUUACAACUAACUCUGAUUCAACACUAGGUUUUGUGCAUUUAUCAGGGUGAGAAUGACUUGGCUUCUUCUUGGCCCAGAGACAUUGGAGCUAACUAUCAGCACACUGCCUUUUUUUCUGAGAUACAGUGACAUUUUUCAUUUCUGUUAAGUUUUGCACUUUACACACACGCUGUAGCAGAUGUGAGAGAUGUUAGGAAUUUUGGUAGCUAGCAAAUUUAACUACUUUUCUUAAUGUUUAUAAGUAACUUAAAGUUUUAUCAUAAACACAACAGUGUAACAUGCCAUUCGUACUAAAUUGAAAACAUUAGCGUAUGUAUAUAUCAAAUGUAAAAUGUUUUCAUAUUGGGGAUGGUGUGGGUGAAAAUGAAAGUAAACUAUGUAUGUAUAUCUUGCUGCUGAAUGGCCCUCUUGGAAUGCAUUUCACUGUUAGAUAUUUCACAACCAUUAUGGCUUACCAACAAAUUGUUGUUUACUUUUUAACUUCACAACUUGUUACUUGGAACUACUGAAAGUUUGAGAGACCUGGAAUUUCAGUUAAUGAUUUGGCUUACUCUCAGCUGGAAGGUCAUGAGCUCAGGGUUUGCCCAGUAUGAUGGGGAGCUGCAUGGAGUGACCCUGGAGAUACUCAGUGAUUUAAUACUCAAAUCCUGGUAACUAAUUGACAGUUGUGGUGAAAAAAGGUGUCUUUAGCAAGUAAUCCACUCAUCCCACAUUGAAAUAAUUAAAAAUGUAAAGUGAAUGAAGCAUUGCACUGAAAGCAAACUAGAGGAAGGUCUCUUAGACCUCAUCACACACUGAAUACAUUAUUCUAGCAUUAUGUCGAGAAUAAUGGGGUGGUAGAACAAAUCAUUGAACCAGAUAAUAUAAAUUAUUUUUAUAUGUGUGUUUGGAAGCUAGUAGUAAUUGGUGGACUUAAUGAUCAGACAGCUAAUUUCAAAUGUAAAAGAAUGAAUUUGAUAGGUAUUUUUAAAUCCUAAAUCCUAGGUUUUUUCCAUCAUUUAUAAGGUGAUGGAAACUUAAGUUUAAUAUUCUCUCAUUUUAGUAUAUUAAACAAUUUUGUAAGUUUGUGUGCACCAUCUUUACUGCUAUUCCUGUGGUGUGUACCAAUACCUUUCUCUUUGCUGCUGUUUUUCAGUAGUAAUGUGGUACAGCUGCCCACUGUAACUCUAAUCCUGACUCUAUUCCUGAGAUGCUGCCUGGCCUGUUGUGCUUUGACCAGCAACACAUUUGCAGCUGUGAUCUCCAGCAUCUGCAGACCUCAUUUUUUACUCAUAGUACUGUGACAACCACAUGGUCAUCUGUAUCCUCCUUGUUAUUCCAAUUUGCUCCUCCUGUCUGUUAACUCUGCUGUCUACUGUCAUCUCCUCAGCCUCACGAAACUAGUAUCACAGCACCUUCGGGUGACUGUGCAAACUCCACACAGACAUUCGCCCUUUGUCCGUGUGGGUUUCCUCCCACAGUCCAAAGAUAUGCAGGUUAGAGUGGAUUAGCCAUGCAAACUUACCUAUAGUGUUCAGAGAUGUGUAGGUUAGGUGGGUUAGCUAUGGGAAAUGUAGGGUUACAGGGAUAGGGUAGGGGGUGGAGUCUGGGUGGGAUGUUCUUUGAAGGGGCAGAGUGGAGUUGAGGGGCAGAAUGGCCUGCUUCUGCACUGUAGGGAUUCUAUAGUAGCCAGGCAUUCCUGUUAUACUUUAUAAUUUUUACAACUUUGGUAUUUCUUAAUAGUGCAACCUUGUAUAAUUGACGCUACAAUUUGACUCAAAAUGUGUGGUGCUGGAAAAGCACAGCCGGUCAGGCAGCAUCUGAGGAACAGGAGUUGGCGUUUCGAGCAUAAUCGCUUCUUGCACAUUCCUGAUGAAGGGCACGUGCCCGAAACGUCAACUCUCCUGCUCCAUAGAUGCUGCCUGAUCUGCUGUGCUUUUCCAGCACCACACUUUUUGACUCUGAUCUCCAGCAUCUGCAGUCCUCACUUUUUCCUAGCUACAGUUUGACUGAUGAAUUACUGUUACUAUAGAUAUUAGUUACAUUUCUUAAGUCAAAGUGUCUCCAAAAUGCAGGAUGUUUCUUCAAAUGGUACAUUGUAGAAUUUUAAAUGAAAAAUCUGCUGUAUGUAAGCUUGUAUACAAUAUAUUCUGGGUUUCAGCUCAGGCUGCUAU